GAACCAGAAGUCACACCAAACUCUGAAUCAUAUAUUCGACACAAAAUACCGAGAUUUAAAUUUGGUUCAUCAAAUUCUAAUAAUAAAUCUUCAAUAACAACGACAUGGAAGAAAUUGAAACCUAAACCUUGGUCUGCGAAAAAACCUUCAGCAAUAACUAAUUCUCCGGAACAUGACUGCUCCAUAUCUAAUGCAUGGAAUAAUGGAAUAUUACUCAGGAUUUGCUGCAUGCGUCCAGAUUUGUUAUCAUUUGAAUCCAGUAAAACUUCAUCGUUGAUACGCCUUCUUUUACGACAUCUGACGACUAAGGAACCUCCGACAAAUAUAACGGGGCAUAUAAUUUUACCAAAAUCUAUAACGCACCGCAGAGAUACAUUUUUGCAAUCAACAUUUUCUGAACAUCCAGAGUUAUGGAUAUUGCUUAAUUUUUUUGGCAAAUGGGAACAAACCCAAAGAACAAAUCAAAUAGAAUUAGAUACUGCAAUACGACUCGUCGAAAUGAUGCACAAGGCACAAUAUAUUCCCCCACCUCUAAAUAAUGUAAGCCGUCUAUUACUAUACCUUCAACCAAAAGAUGUUGGAUAUUUAUUAUUUGAAUCGAUAUGGAAGUUUGUAUUAGAAAACUGGCAAUUAUGUUUAUAUUCGGAUGAUUAUAAUAUGCUUGAAGAACAAACAUCACCAA